AUGGCUCUGAAGUUGUACCAUGCAACCAGUGAAUAUGCUGCCGACCGAAUCGAACAAGAAGGAUUCAGGUGUGGAACUCACGGCUUUGCUGGUGGUGCUAUCUACUUUUCCCAGAACCCAGAUGGCGCUUGCCGGAAGUACCGGAAUGGACGCGGCAACCCAGACAUCCUCAUCGAAUGCGUUGUGAGGUUGGGCAGGAUGUUGGAAGCUGCCAAGAACACAGUUGACGAAUAUGAUGUGCGCUGCAGAGGCUGCGACUCCGUGAAAAUCUCCAGUUUUGAUGUUUACGCCGUCUACGACCCGCACCGAGUGAACAUCAUGACCUUCAGACGUAUUGGAGGUGUGCCUUUCCAGAGCAUGCGUGCUUUGAGAUUUGAGGAACAACGACAGAAAGAUCAAGAGCAACGGCUGCCAUUGCAUUUCCAGCAGCAGCGCGUGCAGCAAUACCACCGGCCGCAGCUGGAGGCAAGACCGCUGCUACAACGUGUUGUUCCACAACAUGUGCCGCAACGAGUGCCGCAACGUGAAAAACGGCCUUCACAUGAAGCUUGGCAGAGUGGCUUGCUGCCCCUUGCCUGCCUGGGAGGUGUGAUUUUGGUGGCUAUGGCAGCGUUGUUUGGUUGA